UGAAGUAGAACUUGAAAUGAAAAUGCGACGUAAAGUAAGAUCAUGAAAAUUACAGUGCUAGUUUUGCUGAUAUACUAUUUAUAUUUCAGGCAAAGCUUGUUGGAACGAUUGUUAGAUUGUUUUGUUGAUUCAGUUGAAGGAGCCCCAAGUGACAAGGUAUUGUUGUUUAUAGCUAACAUGUUAGAAAUUAAUUGUUCGCUACCGAAUAGCUACUCAUUCAAAAGCAAGGAUACCAAGGUUUAAUACAACCCAGCCUACGACGUUGACGUUUUGGAAGUUGGGUUUAGUCCCCGUAUUCCGGUGAGAUUUUUUUCAAUGACACUACAGCCACUCACAAAACAAACAAUUUAUGGCGAGAUAUAUCUACAGUUGUGUCCAUCAGUGCGGCAUGUGACAUCCUAAAUCAGUCAGUUUAACACAUGAAUUCAAAAAUUAGCUCAUAAUAAUUGAUACGGUAAAGGAUACGCUUGCUCGACGUAAUUUGCAAUCCUGGUCAAAAACCAUCUCCGACACUCUGUUGAAACAUUCGUUUACUCACCCCCCGGUCCCCCAAACAAUGUUGGACAGUUGCUUUAACCGUAUUCUGGGAAUUCAAUCAACAUUGAAUGUUGGGCGAUAACAGGAAGGUUUUUCAUUGCAAUAAUAUUACGAAAAUUAGAAGUAUCGCAGAUAUUUUGUCCAGGAUUGUAGGUUAAACUAGGUUUGUAGAUUCUUAGAACAGGAAAUACAGUUAGAGGUUGUACGUUCAGAACAAUAAUUAAUCUUGUUCAUGCAAUCAUUCGUUUUUUCAGCGGUUUCGUCAUGGCGUUCACCUUCUUGACAAAGUUGUUCUUCAAGACAAUCUUUCAACAUUGAUUGUGAAUUUCCAUCCAGUGAAUGAAGGAUAUUCACUCAAGUUGAAAAGCCCCAGUGGAACAGGUAAAGAGAAAACAAAAACUGGAAAUUGCAUUUUCUUGUUUAUGAAUCAACAUUAAUUGCGUGCAGUGUCAUUAAUCCUCAAUCAAAUCAUGACAAUCAGAGAAAACAAUCUCUUCAAGGAUUUAAUCCUCAAGGAAUUAAUCCUCAAGGAUUUAAUCCCAGGAACCGGUUGUUCAAAGUGAUUUAGCCAAAAACUAGCAAGAAAGAAACACAUGUGUUUCUGUGUUGUGAAAGGGGAGGGGGCUAUUUUCGUCACCCUAAAGACGGAUUCGAAAACUAGCUUCCACAACUAAGUGUUAUUGUACAUUUUAUGCAUUACGAGGCGGACAAGCAAUUUGUCGACACCGUCUGCUUAUUAAGGCAAAAUGUGAAAGUUUAAGAUCCAUGGAAACCAAAUUAUAGCCCUUUGAAAUGUGCAAAAACGAGGCUACUCGAAGCUUUUGCUAAAUCUAGCAUAAACCUCGCUGUUUUUAAGAUUUAAUUUCUCAGUUUUGUGAAAUUUUUCUUGAAGUAUUCUAUAAAACGGCAGUGAUUACUGGAGGAGAAAAUGGACGACAACUAUUUUAGAAAAUGGACGACAACAAUCGGCGCGUAUAUUCCUGCGAAUCGCAUGCAGGGCCGCAGAUUAGAUUCCUGCCAGAGAGCUUAUAGUUGCAUUUUUCACAAGUUUUGCUCCUCUUACGCCUAAAGAAAUGUAUAAAAUUUACACUCGAAAUUUCCAUCAAUAAAAUCCUUCAAGAAUUAUAGUUGUAUCGAGUGAGAUAUCCUGAUAUUUCCCCAUAUUCCUUAUGUAGUUAUUGUUUAUUGUAGUUCCUGAUAUUUCCCCAUAUUCCUUAUGUAGUUAUGUUUAUUGUAGUUCCUGAUAUUUCCCCAUAUUCCUUAUGUAGUUAUUGUUUAUUGUAGUUCCUGAUAUUUCCCCAUACUCCUUAAUAUGUAGUUAUGUUUAUUGUAGUUCCUGAUAUUUCCCCAUAUUCCUUAUGUAGUUAUUGUUUAUUGUAGUUCCUGAUAUCUUAAAUUCAAUUUUUUGCGUUACUUUUAGAAUCCGAAACUAUACGACUUCCAUAUGAAGUAAGAUAAUAUUUAACUAUUUUAAUUGAUAUGCCUGUGCUGUUCGGAAUAGCAAAGGAUAAAGUACACUGCCAAAAAAGAAAGUCUCAGUACAAAAUAUUGACACCAGGUAGCAUGUUUGAGGAGCUCUUUAUUUGGUCGUAGUUAGGAAAUAAAUUGCCACAAAAUGCAUGUACUGGAAAUUAAACAAACCAUUUUUUUUAUCUUUAGGAAACAGAAUUUCUCGACUACCUUGAUGCUCAACAGGUAUUGUUGGUUGGCAUUAUAUGAAAUAUUUUACUUACUAUGUCCUUCGUGAAGUACUGGUUUCUUGUGCACAAACCAGAGUUUUAUUUGACCAAUUUGAUACAUAAGGGAGUUCUCAGUUCAGUUUCCAGUCAUGAAGGCUCGCAAGGGUGGAUGGUAAAAAUAUGAAAUCAUUUGAUUAAUAUACCCCCAUUUUAUGUGUACAAUGUGCGUUAUAAUUCAUAUGUACGACUUUUGUACAUAGAAUUCAUAUGUACGACUUUUGUACAAAUAAACAGUUUUUUUGAAAUCUAAGACAAAGUGUGAGUAAUCUUAACCUCUCUAUUAUAGACUGCAUGAAUAGUAUAAAUCUUAUAGUAUGAGAUCGUUCACAUGACUGCAUGAAUAGUAUAAAUCUUAUAAUAUGAGAUGUUAUUCAUCUAGCUACCUCCCAUGCUUGUUGACCUGCUGGAGAAAUCCAAGGUAAGUGUCUCCAGACUCUGGCAGGAUGUGUGAAAUAUCAACUCAACCUCGACGUUCAUUCUUUAUUUGUUUCUCUCGUGAGGAAGCUGACGUGACAAACACUCGAAAUAAACCCUAUUUGGAUCUUGAUAUUCCUGGUUAAUCUAAUUUUAAUGAUUUGUCACAAUAUAGAAUACUAUAAACACACAAACAAACAACUUACAUGCAAAACUUACACGCCCGUGGGAAAGGAACAGGACUUGCAAUUGACACAUGACCCUCGGUAUAGAAUUUACUGUUUAUUGCACUCCAACCCCACUGGCUUGCCUUCGAUGUGUUCGUGGCAAUGCAAUUUAGGGUUAUAACACGUUUAGUGCAACGAAUACUGUAAGGUAAUUUUCUCUUGAUCAGUAACUAGUCUAACCUUGAGUUUCCUGGUUAUUUAAUCUUACUAAUUCCUACCAAUGAUUAUAUUUGACCAGGGCAGCAUAAGAUUAUCCAGGGAUCCUUUUCAGUCUUAUAUAACUGUUGAUUGUCAUUCUUGAUUAGGCGAAUGUUUUCUACAAUGGUUGUGUGAUUGUCGAAGUCCGUGAUUAUCGUUGUUGUGUAAAUCCAAGCAGUUAUGAUACUUCAUAUGUAUUAUUACGUCCAACAUGCCAGGUUCGUAUAUCUGUUGCUAGUAAGGAUCAGUAAGCGAACUAACAUUUCUCAUUUCUUAGCGUUACCUUCCAUGUGGAUCAAAUGCGCUUUACAUCUUACCUAAUUAGUAUUUCUCACGGCCAGUGGGGUAUUGCCUCUCUUACGUUUGAGAGUCUCCGCACCACGAAAUACAACUUUUUAGUAUUGUAGUUUGUAUAAUGGUAAAUUUACAGUUACUUUUAAAAGUCGCUUUUCACGUUGUUUGAAUUGUUUAGAAUCUUUCACCAGGUCAGACAGUACCCCCAAAAAUAGGGGAUUUUGAGCUUCGUGAGAUUACAUACCCUGUCAUAAUUAAAACAAAUAAUGCCUAAACAGACUAUUUUAUUUUUUACAACAGUUGUGAUAUUACUUUCGUAACUGUGUUUAUUGUAACCCUGUUAAAUUUCCCUCUGGGACGAAACCAGAACACAAAAAAUGGAAAUUUUAAGAAAACUAUUUGGUCAAUGUACUACUUUAUUCAAAAUUUUACGAAAGAGGAGUGAAUACUGGACGUUCUUAGCAAUAAAUGAAUAUCAGAAUAACAGAUUUAAUAUCAGAAUAACACUUGCCAGAACUUGCUAGGAUAAAAUAAAAGCUGCCAAAAGGCUCAACUAUACUUUUUAAAUAAACCAAAACGACCACUUACUGUUAUUAUCGAUAAUUUAAUUUGUGUCGGAAAAUGAGGAUACGGAGCGCCAAUUUCUUUAAAAGUGAAUGUUUAACCUUUCGAACGGCGUUUCCUACACUUUUACCUGAAAAUGUAAGUAAUGACUCUUGCCAGAACACUAUGUGUGGCGCGAGAAAAUGACGCAAGCAGACUCGUGUGACCCCAAAGUAGAUAGGAGUUUCACAUCUGUGUAUUAUUAAUCUGUGGUGAGAGGCUCUGACGACUACGGAACCCCUAAAUAGAUUACAAAUUUGGUAUGAGGCUUCGGUGACGCAGUCGUUAGAGCUAGCUGCGUUUCAUCUCUGUGUUUGUUAAUUCUCGCUAUACGGAAUAAUGUGGAAAGUGUCCGUGUUUGCUCCGUUUGCUACCAACACAGUUGAGAAAGUCAUAUCACAAUUGUUGGUAGGCAAUAGGCUAUAUGUAAGGAAGUUAUUAGGUAAGCUAAUACUUGAUGUAAUGCGCAUUUGAUCAUAUCCACAAUUCAGCAGUUGUGAGCUGGUCAGAAGGUGCACAGAUUAGUGAGAGGAAAUGGACACUCUUGUGACACGCAAUAUUGUUUUAUUCCUUCUUUGCAGACUCUUGUAGCUGACGUAAAUGCAAUAUUGUUUUAUUUCGUCUUUGCAGACUCUUGUAGCUGACGUGAAUGCGUUGACUUGUGAGGGUGAAUGGCGUGAAGAGGAGAAGAUCAAUUUAGAAGCAGAACUGUUAUUGAAAACUCAGAGUCCAUUAUGCCUUGAUCCUUCACCAGAAGUGUUUAAUGUCGUCAACCAGAUGCAUUUUCAUAAAAACAAAUAUAGGAGUACGCUCCUACAAAGGUAAAUUGAUCAAAUAACUAAUUUAGUUUGCUGGUGUUUAUAUACCUUGCCGAGAUCAAGUGCAUGUUUUGUAAAAAAUGUGAAAAAGUGUCAUGUUAUCUCUCUACAAAUAUUUUAAAACCAUGCAUGUAUUAUCCCUUCAACUUUAUUUGCUUCUGUAAUUCCUUUCAUAACAAUGAACACUAGAGGUGCACCGGAUUUGGAAUUUUCAAAUCCGGCCGGAACCGGAUUUACCGGAUUUGGACAAAAAUUCCGGCAGGAAUUCCGGCCGGAUUUGCCAGAUUUGAGAUAAACCGGUAAUGGGGACAAUUGGGGAUAAAUCAGUAUUCAAAAUGGCGGUUUAUGUUUUUUACUAUUUUUAGUUAGUGUCAGUUUAGAUUUUUGAUUGUGUUUAAACCUUUUUUAAAUAUCUUUUUGUUAAUAACUUAAUAUUUUAUAAUAAUAUGAGGGUUUUUUAAACUUUAAAGCUGCCGAAUUGAUGGUUUAUCCCAUUCUUGGUGAAUUUUUUAAGCUGAAAACAGAAAUUUAAAUCCGGCCGGAUUUUCUCCAAAUCCGGCCGGAAGCCGGAUGCCGGAAAAUUCGGUGCACCCCUAAUGAACACGAUUUUGCUCAAUCAAGAAGCAACCCUAUAUCUUCUUGUUUUAACUCAAUUUUAUGCUACUACAUUUUAACCAUGUUUUCGUACUUCUUCAGAAGUCACAAGCGUCGUUUUCGUGCGUAUAUAUCUCAAAAUCGUUCAUCGUUACCGGCUCCAUCGUGUUUAAAGUUGGUUGAUUUCUUAGCUCAUCAUAAACACGCUCAACCUCCUGUCAAUUUACGACUUUCAAAAUCUUCCUACAGUGGAGUAGAUACCUGGAAACAACGCACGUUGUCUCUAGCGCCACCAACUGAGCCUGUACAGGUAACGAAAAUAACUUUCCCCCGGAACGAAUAUCGUAGAUCAUCAGUUAUAUACAGUUAUAUACCUUCGCUCUCAUAUCACGCUAACAUUUUAAUAACUCACAAAGAAGAAACGCAUGUAUACUUUUGUAUCCCAU